GAGCCAAUUGCGCGGCACCUGCGGCCGGCGGCGCGGUCAGUGGCGGCGCCGAGGAGAGUGGCUACCGCCAUGAUCGAGCAGCCGAAGCGCAAGGGUCCGGAGCUACCACUGGUUCCCGUCAAGCGGCCGCGGCAUGAGUUGCUGUUGGGAGCGGCGGGGUCCGGCCCCGGAGCCGGACAGCAGCAGGCAACUCCGGGAGCUUUGCUGCAGGCGGGACCUCCCAGAUGUUCCUCCCUUCAAGCCCCAAUCAUGUUGCUCUCGGGACACGAAGGAGAAGUGUACUGCUGCAAGUUUCACCCCAAUGGAUCCACCUUGGCAUCUUCAGGAUUUGACCGACUCAUACUAUUGUGGAAUGUCUAUGGUGACUGUGAUAACUAUGCUACAUUGAAGGGACAUAGUGGAGCGGUGAUGGAACUGCAUUAUAACACAGAUGGCAGCAUGCUCUUCUCAGCAUCAACAGAUAAAACUGUGGCCGUGUGGGAUAGUGAAACGGGCGAGAGGGUUAAAAGGCUGAAGGGACAUACUUCCUUUGUGAACUCCUGUUAUCCAGCCAGGCGGGGCCCCCAGCUCGUCUGCACUGGCAGUGACGAUGGUACAGUUAAGCUUUGGGACAUCCGGAAGAAAGCAGCUAUCCAGACAUUUCAGAACACAUACCAGGUGUUAGCUGUCACCUUCAAUGACACAAGCGAUCAGAUUAUCUCUGGUGGAAUAGACAAUGAUAUUAAGGUUUGGGACCUGCGUCAAAACAAAUUAACCUACACCAUGAGAGGCCAUGCAGAUUCCGUAACUGGCUUGAGUUUAAGCUCUGAGGGAUCUUAUCUCUUGUCCAAUGCAAUGGACAAUACAGUGCGUGUCUGGGAUGUCCGGCCCUUUGCUCCCAAAGAGAGAUGCGUGAAGAUAUUUCAAGGAAAUGUGCACAACUUUGAGAAGAACAUCUCACAGUAUAUCCUGGGCUGGCCUCCCAUCCGUGAUCCCUUUGGUCUCCCCCUUUCCAGUGCUGGGAUUGCAGAGCAUAGUUCAGUAAACAAACAUUCCCAUUCACUGCAAGACCCAAGUGUCCUCCCCACUUCUAAGGGACCUGCACUUGUCUUUAUGGUGCCUUGCAGGUUUGUGUACGUGUGGGACACCACAAGCAGAAGGAUCCUGUAUAAGCUGCCUGGCCAUGCUGGCUCCAUCAAUGAAGUGGCUUUCCACCCUGACGAGCCCAUCAUCCUCUCAGCAUCCAGUGACAAGAGGCUGUACAUGGGUGAGAUUCAGUGAAGAUGUAGGCUGGAAGGCUCCCAGGCUGUGGGACCUGAGGCUCAGACUACAUGAUUGGCCAGAGUCACAUGGUGUCCAGGCUGACCUGCCUUCAGAUGACCGUCACUAGCAAGCAGCUGGAGGUGAUGGCCAUACUCCAGCAACCACUUGUACCCCAUUUACAGGACAGCUGUGGCCUCUGGUACCACCUGCCAGAUUUCAGGGAUUGGUUUCUUUUUACAAAAUAAGAUGUCUUCAGAGGGACAAACAUUGGGUUUGAGGUCUCCUGUUUUUUAACCUAUGCUGGAGACAGGCGAUGUCACUUGAAGUUUGUUAGUUGGAUUUGUUUUCUGUUUUAUUUUAAAUUGAGCAACUGGCUUGUGUGAUAUUCUUCUUUCUGUGUUUGAGUCAUUUUAUAUUAAAAAUUCAAACAGAUACCUUUUUACAAGAACCUUGUGGCUUAGAUUUCUUAUUUCUUGCUGUCUUUCCUCUGAGGCUUGACUGCUGUAAGUUAGAGCAAGCCUCCAUUUACACUUCAGAGACGCUGUUUACUUGGAGGACACCCCCCCAGGAGUGAAAAUGACAUAGUAUAAUUAUCAGUAGCAAAUACUUUUCUGUAACUACAAGCAGAGCAUCCAGAAAGUGAUAAGUGAGGUCCAGAAGAACCUGGCUCUUGUAUAUUGGGACACAGUCUCUGAAUAGGGUCUGUCAGCUCUGCCUCCUGCCCAAAGCGUUUUUCUUAGUGGCAGUCCUGUGCUGGGGCUCCUGGAGUAGACACAGCCAUGGCAGCCCCAGUCGGUGCCCUUGGCCAGAGUACAGCAUCAUGAGCAGCCCAAAUGGGAGAUGGAUGUUUUCGUAGGCUUUGGCCAAGGCAUUUUCUGUGGCUUUUUAUGAUCUUGUUUAUUUGUCUGACUUUUCCUGCUCUGACAGAGAUGUGCCUUCUACUAAAACAGGUUCCUACCUCCCUGGGGUCUCUGGUUGACUAUGUCUAGCACACAGACAGUCACUAAUGAAUCCAUCUGCUCCUAAGAAGUAGAAUGUAUAUUUUUUGAACCGUCUAUCUCAAAGCAAAAAGUCUUCCUAUCUUCAACAAUUCUGAGCAUGUUUGGCUUUAGACUUUUGGCCCAUGAACUUAAAUCAUAUUUAUCAUAAGUCAAAGAGGAUGCUAUCCUGGGUUUACAGCAUAGUCAUUCAACACCACCAAGCCCUGUUGUGUGACAGGCAGAGUCGUCAUUGUUGAGAGCAGAGACAGAAGAGAUCUUGUCCUUGCCAUCAUGAGAAGUGUACAAACCAGAAGAAAACAAUGUUGGAAAUAAACUCCUUUUUUUAAGUGA